AUUCAACAUGACGAUAAUAUUCAAACUACCCAAACCAUCCAUAUAUACAUGUUUAAAGUAGAACGUUUUCAUGAAGCUACUGCAUAUUUAACUAAUUUUUCUGGCAUGAUGAGAUUAGAGAGGAAAAAGUCUCCUUCAUUCGCAGCUAGGCAUGCCAAGAGCCGGAGGCGGAUUUUGCCUCUG